CUUACUGCUACUGCGCUUCGGCCAUGACUAAAUCAAAUAAGCCAAGGGCAGUUCGAGAUGCGGAUGCGGAUCUUGUCCUCGGGUAUUUGCGUAAAACAAACCGCCCCUACAAUGCCACCGAUAUACAUACGAAUUUGAAUGGAGCAUUGACCAAAGCCAGUGUAACCCAUGCGUUGGACAAGCUUGCCGAACAAGACCUAGCCAUAUCCAAGACGUAUGGUAAAUCCGUUAUCUACUCGAUUGCACAGGAUGAUGAAGAGGUCGUGUCACCGGCGGAACUUGGGCAACUCGACAACCAGAUAGAAAGGCUUACACAGAAACUCAAGGAAUUGAAGGAGAAUCAUGUUAAUAAGGUCAAUGAAUUGAAGAAACUGCACAGUACGUUGCCCACCCUGGAAGCUCAAGAACAACUAUCACAAUUGCGAGAACAGAAUUUGGCAACGACCGACCGGCUAGCGCAACUUCGAGGCGAUAAGGACCAAAUUAGCUCUGAAGACAAGGCACGCAUUGAAAAAGAAUACGAUACGAACUUUAAACUAUGGAGAACCCGAAAGAAGCUAUUCAAUGAAAUCUUCAAAACCGUGACAGAACAUUUACCGGGCAAAUUGAGUGACUUCAAGGAUGAACUAGGUAUAGAUGAAGAUCCUAUCCCUAUAGAGUCAAUGCUUGUGGAAUGAGCCGAUGAAAAUGUAGUGAGUAUUUAUUACUACUAUGAAGGAAGGCACUCAAGGAGACUAGUUUUUCAAAAAAGGUUCAGAAAAGAGCCAACACCAAAAUUUACACCC